UUUGGGUCCUUCGGUCUUGUCGCUGUAGUGAGAAAUUACCUCAGAGCGAAACUAGCUCUGGGAUCCCGCGGAACAGGGACUUGCACGCUGACUAGAGGACGAAGCCAGCGGAGUGGAGGAAGGGCCCUCGAGUUGGCGUCGGAAGCCAGUGGGAUGAAAAGAUCCUAGCGCUGCGGUGGCGGGGCGCCAGCGCAGCGGACUGUGCCACCGUCCGGGCGCAGGGCCGGCGCGCGGACCCCAGAGCGCCCCCCGGUGGGGCGGCAGCGCGCUCCCGGCCUGCGGAGCCAAUGGCCGCGCUCGCCCGCUCUCGCGGCCCCGCCUCGGGCCGGCCGCCGGCCGCUGAGGCUCCCGCGGUGGACGGAAGAUGGCGGCCGCGGCGGUGCUGGCCGCCGGGCUGCGCGGGGCGCGCAAGGCUGUGGCGGCCGCGCAGGUCCGAGGAGCUGCAGGUGUGACUGAUGGGAAUGAAGUGGCCAAGGCCCAGCAGGCAGCUCCUGGGGGAGCAGCCCCAACCAUCUUCUCCCAGAUCUUGGAUCGAAGCCUCCCAGCUGACAUUCUGUAUGAGGACCAGCAGUGUCUCGUAUUCCGUGAUGUGGCCCCUCAGGCUCCUGUGCACUUCCUGGUCAUUCCUAAGAAGCCCAUUCCUCGGAUUAGCCUGGCUGAAGAAGGAGACCAGCAGCUUCUAGGACACCUUCUCCUUGUGGCCAAGGAGACAGCAAAGGCUGAGGGGCUGGGAGAUGGAUACCGACUUGGAUCCCAUGAUCCCCUAACCCCAAGCUCCAUUUCAGUGAUCAACGAUGGGAAGCUGGGUGCACAAUCUGUGUAUCACCUGCACAUUCAUGUACUUGGGGGCCGACAGCUCCAGUGGCCUCCAGGGUGAAGCUACCAACUGAUGAAGGACCCCAGGCCCAGAUGCUUGGUUGGGGUGGGGAAAAAGGGACCCUGUGAUGCUAAUAAACUUGCUCUUUCUCAGU